AAAGGGCGAAAGACCCAAGUUCGCCGAGCGAGCAGCGGGUGCGCAUCUUGCCCGCAGUAAGUCCACCGAGGUUAGGGCCUCGGUCCUCAAGGCCGGGAAGGCCGCCGGGGGCGCUGGGAUCUGCGUGACGCCAGGAACCGUGUCCGGGAACUCCUGCCGCGCCAGAACCAAGAGGCGAGGAGCCGCGCGCCACCGCCAUGAGCGUCCCCUUGCGGCCGGGCCCCAGCAACUGGCGGCGGGCGGCCACUAUGGUGCUGGCGGCCGGCUGGGCGCGCCCGGGCCCCGCCACCCCGUCGCCGCCGGCCGCGGGCUUCCGGCUGCUGCUGCUGCGGCGCUCCCCGCACCAGGGUUUCCUGCCGGGCGCGUACGUCUUCCCGGGCGGCAUACUGGAAGCGGCCGACCGCUCGGCCGACUGGCGGGGCCUCUUCGAGCCGCACCACAGGCCGCCCCGCUUCGGCCUGGGCCCCGCGCCGCUCCCGCGCGCAGCCUUUCCCGCGCUGCCGGACCCCAGCCCCGACGCCGCCGACGGGGUCCCUGGGGCGCUGCCGGAUGACGUGGCCUUCCGCAUCUGCGCCAUCCGCGAGACCUUCGAGGAGGCAGGCGUGCUGCUGCUGCGGCCCCGCGGAGCCCUCCCGGCCCCCGGGUCCGGGCCAGAGCCGGACCGCGCGCUGGAGCCGCCUCCCGGCCUGGCCGACUGGCGCGCCCGCGUCCGCAGCGACCCUCGCCACUUCCUACACCUGUGCGCGCACCUGGACUGCACGCCCGACAUCUGGGCGCUGCAUGACUGGAGCGCCUGGCUCACGCCCUUCGUGCGAACCGGCGGCCGCCGCUUCGACACGGCCUUCUUCCUGUGCUGCCUGCUGGAGGCGCCGUCCGUCUGCCCGGACUUGACCGAGGUGGUGGACUGCCAGUGGUCAUCGCCAUCAGAGGCAACUGAAAAUUUCAUAUCAAAAGAAAUUUGGUUGGCACCUCCACAGUUCUAUGAAAUAAGAAGACUUGAAAACUUUGCCUCUCUUUCUGACUUGCACAAAUUUUGUUUGGAUCGUGCAGUCGAAGGGAGGGAAAGAUGGAUGCCCAUCACAAUGUUAACUGCUGAUGGGAUGCUCCAGCUUUUACCAGGUGAUGAGCUCUACUUGGAAGAUUCAGACUAUUUAGAAAAACAUUUAUUCACUGAAAAAAAGAUUGAAGAAAUCAUGAAAGAAGGCAAGAAAUUUCACCGACUAGUGUUGCAUGAUCGCCAUCUUUAUAGUCUUUAUGUGACUGUUGAGUCAAAAUACAAACAAGUUUAUCCUAAGUCAUAUGUCAUGGGUAAGAGCCACUUGUAGAGGCUGCUUGUUUGCAAACUGGCAUAUUUGAAGUAGUCCUAAUGAAUAACGAGAGUUGACCAGACUUGUUUGAAACUGAAGGAACUUCAUGCCUGUGAAAGUUAUGUUCACUUAUUUCACUUAUUUCAAGUGAAUUAUUGUGUCUUGCUUAUUUUAUUCUUUAAACCUUUCAGUAUGCCACCAAUAUGAAGUAUUAAUGCUCUUGUUACCAACUUGAGAAAAAUUUCACAGUGGUUCCACUUUUAGAUUGUUUUAUUAUCUCAAAAGUUCAAAUAAGAUGCCUACUGUCUUUGCUUUUCUAACUAUCCACAGUAUUAGCACUUUCCCUGAUGUGCUUAGCAGGGUGAUCCACGAAUUCCAUAGACUUUCUGCUGGAAUUAAUUUAAGGGUGCCAUGAUUAGGUGGUAAAAUAGACUUGAAACAACCUUCAAGUGAUAGUCAUUUUCUUGCUAUAUCUUUAGCUUUGAUGGUUAAAAUACAAUUCUGUUUAAAACCAAAAUGGCAUUAUCUGUUCCCCAGAUUGAAAUCUAUUUUAGUUAAUAUUUUAAUGAAAUAUGAAGCUACUUACCAAUUUAACAAAAACCAUAAUUAUUUUUACUCUGAAGUGCUAAUUAAUAAAUGCAAAGUAUUUAGAGAAAUGUAGUACUAGUCAUCAUUUAAAGGUUAGUGAUGUUUAUUUUCAGUAUGUCUAAUACUAUGUGGAAAGUUUUUCACCUCUUGAAAGAGGAAUAAUGUUUGUUGAUUAAAGGUGGGAAAUGAUGAGUAAGGCACCUUCUAUUUCAAGAUCUUUGACUAUAUUGUACAUUAUACAAUGAAUUUCAUUUUUCAUGAAAAGUGUUAGUUUUCUAACUGUAAAAUAGUAAUAACGAUAAAUAAAGUGAAAUAAAGCUUG